AUCGUCAGUAGUCCAUUUACGUCAGCGGCUUCAAUAUGUGCCAAGCGCCUAAAAGUCAUACAGGACUUUUACAGUGCUACAUGAACCUGCUAUAUAAUACUCUACCGACCUCUCAAUCCCAUCACACGAACUCUAGCUCAGUGGAGACAUAGAAAAUAUUGAUGUCACCUGCUGAGGCGUCAGUAACAACGACGAAGAGAAAGAGGCAACAUCCGAGUCAAGCUGAUGAGACGCACAUCGGGACCACGUUAGAGAAGAAACUGUAUCAUGACGCAAAGGAGGUCAGGAAGGCCGCGAAGAAGGCAAAGACCUUCGAGAUGCAGAAGAUUUUGAAGAAAAUGAAAGACGCGAGACUCAAAGGCGACGAUAAUACGGUGAAGGAUAUUGAAGCACAACAUAUGGCUCUCAAGCGGCUCGACCCUGAGCCUAUCGCCGACUCAGCUCUCUCAACGAAAAUAAAGAAAGAUAAAUUCCUUUCACAAGAUCCCAACUUGCAAUUUGCGAUGACAAAGUCAUUGUCUUCCAGCUCGAUUGCACCUGCUAUACCUGGAUCCGCAGCAGGCAUAGUCCAAAGCAGGCUACUUAGUUCCAAGGUCCUGGCGGCUGAUGUUUCACGUAUAAUCGAGGGACUUCGGCGCUUACUGAACCCUGUGGAGCGGGCCCACCACGCAACAGAUGACAACGCCGAAGUAUCGCCGCCUCGAAAGAAGAAACAGAAGACACAACAAAAAGAGGGUUUACCCAAGGUCCCUCCAGCAGAUGUUCCUUCUGAGGAUGAGCCAAACUCAAAUAUUGAACACGAUGGCUGGGAGUCAGGCACGGUUAGCGACGGCGAUCAUUCUGUCCAGGGAGAUUCGGGGGUUGUGGAGAUGUUUGAUGAAGAAGACAACUCCGUCUCGGAGGGUGGCGAUGAUGACCCCCCUGCCCCUCGCGAACGACCAAGUCAGGGGAAAUCAAAGGCAACGCAAUCUACUUUCCUACCUUCCCUUUCGGUGGGUUUUGUUCGCGGAGACUCGGACACCGAUUUUAGCGACAGCGAGGACAAAGCAGCUGACACAGCAAAGAAGAACAGACGAGGUCAGCGGGCACGUAGGGCAAUAUGGGAGAAGAAAUUUGGAAGACAUGCCAAUCAUGUGAUGAAGCAAAAAGCUUCUGACCGUCACGACGCCCCUUCCGGCAUUACUAUGGUUCGCAAAGAUCAGCGCCAACACAGGAAUAGCAAUCACGAUUCCGAUGGCGCGCCGUUCUCCGGUCGCAGGCAGAAUAUCCGAAUACCAGACAAGAACAGAGACAACGCCUCAGCUCACCUCGUGCCAGGUAGCCGUAAGGAAGAGAAAUCACUUCAUCCAUCUUGGGAGGCUAAGAAAAAACAACAAAAUGUCGCAAUCGUGCCUGCACAGGGCACAAGAAUUGUAUUCAGUUAGUCUUAAGACGUUAUUCUGACGAAGACAUGACAUCAUAUGAAUACAAUAUAUACAUAAUCCAAUUCUCUAGUUGUCGUUGCACGAGUAUAAAGGA